AGGCGAUGUGGUGUCCUUGCGGUGAAGGCAGGCAUGACACAGGAAUGGGAUCAGUGGGGAGCAAGAGUUCCUCUAACUGUGCUCUGGGUCGAUGACUGCCAGGCAAGCUUUGCAUUUAAUGCAUUACUGCAGGUGGUGCAAAUAAAGACACCCGCGCGGGAGGGCUACCUCGCUCUGCAGGUCGGAUGCGGCUCAAAACGGCCCAAGCAAGUGAACCGCGGGCAGCUGGGGCACUUUGAGUGGGCAGGCGUCCCCAUAAAGCGAAGGCUGACAGAGUUCAGGGUGACAGAGGAUGCGCUCCUGCCAGUGGGCACCAUGCUCACAGCCGCGCACUUCACUCCAGGCCAGUAUGUGGACGUCCAGGGGACAACGCUCGGGAAGGGGUUUCAGGGGGUGAUGAAGCGUUGGGGGUUCGCGGGGCAGCCGGCAUCCCACGGCAACAGUCUGGCGCACCGGGCGGCCGGAGGCAUCGGCGCAUGCCAGGACCCGGGCAAGGUGUGGCCCGGCAAGAAGAUGGCCGGCCGCAUGGGCGGCGUCACCCGCACCCUCUCCUGCGCCUACGUCUUCAAGGUGGAUGCUGCCCGCAACCUGAUCUAUGUCAGGGGCCAGGUUCCGGGGCACAAGGGGAACUUUGUGAGGAUCAGCGAUGCAGCACUGAAGACCUUUGGCCAGCAGCCGCAGCGGCCAGUGCCCACCUUCCUUGAUCCUCUGCCGCUGGAGCCUCUGUUAGCUCCCAAGUCUGAGAAGAGCCCAUUUGACUACAAGGAGUGA